CUCAUAGUCAAAGUUGUCAAGUAAAGAGUUUACCCUAAUUAACUCUUUACAUUAUAAGGUCUAAUAAACUUAGUGAACAUAUAACACAUUGACCUGUUGGGGAUGCAGAGUAACUUGGUUCUUCCAAAAGGUUAGUGACACUUCAAUUUUGACAGAUUUGCACUUUUAAGAAUCAUUAUGAAUUUAUUUGUUAUGAAAAUUUCCUUUUUAGAUACCUUCGAAUCCUGUGAAGCUUCUUCAUAAGUUUGAGCAGAUUCGGACUACUCUUUAUAGUACUUUCGUUGCAUUUUAUGUCAAAAAAAAGUCUCCUUGCGUGCAUGUACCAGGUCCGCCUAGAUCAAUUUUUGGUCAUAAUUUAGCAGAAGUUGAACAGAUAAACAUCGUUUAAAAACGCAUUGAACAAUAAAAGAAAGCUGCUGGCGUCGAUCCAAUGGCUAAUAUCACUUCUCCUUAUGAGUCUGUUACCUUUGGUAACUCUCUAUCAUUAAGAGUUGAUGGCGGUGUUGGUGCUGUGUCUAUAAAUCCAUCAGGUCGAGAUGUUGUACUAGCUGGUCGUCGUGGUCUUUAUGUUGUUGAUUUGGAUGAUCCCUUUUCUCCUCCAAGAUGGCUUCAUCACUUAACCUCAUGGGAAGUUGCUGAUGUUCAAUGGUCUCCUCAUGCUUCAAAACCAGCAUGGGUUAUUUCAACAUCAAAUCAAAAGGCAAUGGUUUGGAAUUUAGCAAGAACCGCUAACAGCGCUAUAGAGCUUGUGCUACAUGGUCAUUCAAGAGCUAUCACGGAUAUCAAUUUCCAUCCUGAUCAUCCUGAAUUGUUGGCUACAUGUUCUGUGGAUACAUCAGUAUUGGCGUGGGAUACAAGGACACCAAAAAGACCAUUUUAUACUGUAUCUGACUGGAGGGCAGGUGCAUCACAAGUUAAAUGGAACUUCAAAAAUCCAAAUAUACUAUCUUCUUCACAUGAUCAUUACUUUUAUAUAUGGGAUCUAAGGAACAAUUCCAAACCAUUGUUGAAAAUUAAUGCCCAUGAGAGAAAAAUCAAUGGUGUGGAUUUCAGUAGGACAAAAGAAUCUGAAAUCAUAUCAUCCUCCAAUGAUAACACAGUCAAAUUUUGGGAUCUAGCAAAAGAUACAGAAAAUCCAGUUUCAGUCAUAAAUACAGGAUUCCCAGUUUGGAGGGCAAGACAUCUUCCGUUUGGUGAUGGAUGUUCUAUAAUGCCAUUGAGAGGUGGUAACAACUCAAUAUAUUUGGCUAGUCAUUCUGAACAAGAGGGAGAUAAUAAGCUUAAGCCAUGUUAUGUUUUCAAAGGUCACACAGAUAGAGUUACAGAUUUUUUAUGGAGGUCAAGACACUCAAGUUCUGGGGUUGAUGAUAGAGAGUUUCAGCUUGUCACUUGGUCGAAAGACUGUGACUUGAGAUUAUGGAAUAUGAAUGAUGAUAUUUAUGAUAGAGUGGGUUUCAAGCGAGGAGAACCUAAAGAAUUACUUGCCUAUGACUAUAAAACUUAUAGAGAAGAACCAGGUACUGCCACAAAUAAAGGUUAUGCAUUGAAAAAGACCAAAGACACUUUUGUUACAAGCAGAGGUGAAUCUAUAAACACAGAUGAUCAUUUGACAUGGAUAUCCGGGGUUAGAAUCGGUCGAUCUGCAUUUGCUCCACCUAUUGAUCAAAAUCCAAAUAUGACAGUAGGCAACGCACCUGAUAAUCUUGGUGAAGAAGUUAGUGUGGUUGGUCAUAAGUUCCCAAAAGUCAAAUUUGAAAAGAUUUCAGUUUCUACUGGAACUUUAGUACUUUCGUUGAACGGUCCUUGGGGGUCAAACCCAGAAGAUUUAUUAUUUUUGAGACUUGAAACGAAAUACCCAAGAACUUAUCCAUCAGAUCCUCCAACUUUCAGAAUUGAAGAGAACAGAGAGUUGGUUAAUGAAAAACGUCAAGAAAUUAUGCAAAAUUUGAAUGACAUUGCCAAAAAAUUUGCAAGUGUUGAAAGGUUCUCUCUGGAGGCUUGCCUAAGAUUUUUGAUGGGUGAAAAAGUUGAUUUGAGUAACCUUGAAAAAGAUGAUGAUGAUUUCAAUUUACCUCUUGAAGACUUUGAUGAUUUAUCAUCUUUACCAUCUUCAAUUUCCUCAAGUGAGAGCGAAGCAGAAGAUGAUGAACUAAUACCUUUGGCACAAAGUGGCCUGAAUUCAGCACCUACAUUUGAUAGUACACCAAUCCCUAAAGGUUGUGGGGCAUCUUGGACAAAGUCAGGUCAAUUGGUUUGUUUUUUCAUUCCUCAAAGGGAGAGUAAAUCUCAAAAAAUAAUCAAAUUUGAUCAGAAAGGUUUUAGUAAGCAGGUACU